UGUGAAUGAGGGGUAGCGCCAGCCGUGGGACUGUCAAGUGAAUUGUGCGAGUGGUGCAGCUAAUUUGGCCCUAGAUGGAUUCGGUGGAGGAGUUACAACAUCGUGUGGAGGAAUGGCUUGACACACUGGGAGAGGGGUGUAAGCAGUUGCGGAUGAUAGUGGGGAUGCUGAUGCUGCGGAGGUAGGGGGGGGUGGAGAUCGAUGGGGGGGCGAUCUUUAUGGAGCACUGGUUAGAGGAUAGGAAUCAGGAGAUGCUCGAGGUCAUGUGGGAGCUGGAGGAGGGGCCAGAUCCCCGGCUCGAACCCUACAUCGACUGGAGGCGGGCGGACGAUGGGAUGGGUGUGUGCAAAGCCCUCUUUAUAAAGGGCCGCAAUCUCCGCAAUCAGUUGGAGAGUGAGAUGGGUGACAAGGGCGACAUGGAGGAGUGUGGCGACGACACUGGCGAUAGCAACACCAUCAACAACAACAACAACAAUGACAACAACAACAACAACAACAACAACAACAACAACAACAACAACAACAACAACAACAACAGCAACAACAGCAACGACGACGACAACAACAACAACAACAACAACAACAACAACAACAACAACAACAACAACGGCAGCGACGCAGGGGCUGAAUGCUGCAACGACACUGGCGACAGCAACAGCAGCAGCAACAACAACAACAACAACAACAAAAACAACGACAACAACAACAGCAAUGACGUCGACAACAACAACAACGGCAGCAACGCUGGGGUUGACAACAAAAACAGCAACUACAACUACAACAACAAUAAUGAUGGAGGCAGUGAAGACGAUGGUGGAAGCGACGAUCAUGGCAGCAGCAACAACAACAACAACAAUAACAUUCACAAUCACGGUAGCAGCAGGGUUGAGAGCGGGAUUGGGGAUGACAUCAACAACAACAGCGAUGACGGCGAUAGUGAUGACAACGGAGGCAGCGAUGACCAAGGCAGCAGAGGAGCUGAAAGCCUCAGCACGACGGGAGAGAUGCCACACGCUGACGUGGAGGGGGUUGGGACUGAUAAGUGGUUUGUCAUCUCCCCCUCCCUCCCCCCCCUUAACCUCGUCGUCUGGUUGAGGGUAGGAGUGGGAUAAUUGAUGUUGAUUGGUGUUGCUAAUUGAUGUUGAUUGGUUGUUGGCCGGCCCGCAAUACCAAUCAACAAUGGAGUGCUGAGGGGGGCUGGUUAGGAUCUAGAUUGCCAUCUCACCCUAGUGCGGGGAAGUAAUCAAUGCCCCCGCUCACACACAUAUCAUAUCACUCACAUAGUUUUGAUUGAUAAAUAUCAUACACUUCG